AUGCAGCUUGGAGUCGACACCGUUCCAGUCCUUGUUGGACCUGUCAGCUACUUAUUGCUAUCUAAACCUGCAAAGGGUGUUGAUAAAUCUUUUUCUCUACUCUCCCUUCUUGACAAAAUCCUUCCAAUCUAUAAGGAAGUUGUCUGUGAGUUAAAGGCAGCUGGUGCUUCGUGGAUUCAGUUUGAUGAGCCCACUCUUGUCAAGGAUCUUGAGUAUAAUGAGUUGCAAGUAUUCACUAAGGCCUACUCUGAGCUAGAAUCAACACUGUCUGGUGUGAAUGUCCUCGUUGCGACCUACUUUGCUGAUGUUCCUGCUGAGGAAUUUAAAACUCUCACUGCCCUGAAGGGUCUUACUGCCUUUGGCUUUGAUUUGGUUCGUGGAACUAAGACUCUUGAUUUGAUCAAGGGUGGAUUCCCUUCUGGCAAAUACCUCUUCGCUGGUGUGGUUGAUGGAAAGAACAUCUGGGCCAAUGAUGUUGCUUCAUCUCUCAGCGUCUUGCAGUCCCUUGAGGGCGUCGUUGGAAAAGACAAGCUCGUCGUCUCAACCUCCUGCUCGCUUCUCCACACUGCUGUUGAUCUAAUUAAUGAGCCUAAGCUGGACAAAGAAAUUAAGUCAUGGCUCGCAUUUGCUGCUCAAAAGGUUGUUGAAGUGAAUGCCUUGGCAAAGGCAUUGUCUGGUCAUAAGGAUGAGUGA